UGGUGGUGUAUAGAGCCAAAAAUGUUAGCAUUGUGUCGAUGUUCCAAUAUAUAUGGACCUGACUGUAUUUAAAACCAAUGUAUGAAUGGGUUGGGGGGUUGUAUGACCUAAAAGGCAUUAUAUAAAUGCAGGCUUUUUACCAAAGUUUGAGGUUAUCAAGGUGUUGGGAAAAUCUGGUUAUUUCUAGUAAUUCUAGAUAAAAAAAAAACAUGUAUACAUUCUAAAGUUAUUUCAUGUUUUCUGAGUUAUUUCUGAUCUCAACAACUUUAACCAAUAAUUCUACUGUUUAUUAUUAUAUAUGUGUGAAAAUAAAGUUACAGUGGUUAUUUAUUCACAUCAUGUGUUUCUGUUUCCCAAAGAUGUUCACCAGAGGGUUAAAGAAGAAGCUUCUGAAGAUCAGAGUGCUGGUGUGGACCAGCAGGAUUCAGAAAAGUUCCACAUAAAGGAGGAACAGGAGGAACUCAGGACCAGUCUGGAAGGAGAGCAGCUCCAUUUGAAGGAGGAGACUAAUCCUGCCAGGUUUCCUGUCACACCAGUUUCUAUAAAAACAGAGACUCAGGAGUGAUGGAUUUACUGCUGUUCCAUGUCCACUGCUGCAUCUGAAGAGUCUGUGUGUUGAUGAACGUCUCAUCUGCUUCUGAUGUUUCAGCUGAUCCACAGAUCCGGAGGCUGUUGUUGAAUGGGUUUUAAUGAAACCCUUCUAUAUGUUAAUGAUUACGUUCACCAUCUGCCUCUGGUGGCCUCAUCAAGCAUUACAUGAAAUGUUUGUAAUAAUAAAUAAUCAUCAAAUUAGCACCUUACUUGUUCUGUUUUUUUCUCAGAGCUACUUCAAUGAAAAACAAAUCAACAUAAAAAAAAGUAUCUCCCAAAAUGUUUUUUCUGCCCCUGAGGAAAAAUAUCAGUGUGGUUACAGGUCAUAAAGUCAAAAGAAACAUAGAUUUGGUUAAUUUUAGAUGAUGGAACAUCAUAAAUGAAAAAUAUUUAUUUCUUCUUUUCACAACUUUUAAUAAACUGCAUUAAUAAAAGCAAUAUUAUAAGAGAGGGAAAAUAACUGGUGUUUACGUUAAGUUACUGCAUGUGGGAGCUAUCACUAGUUAUGUGUGGUCUAUUAGUCACACACUGAACACUCAGGUUGUUGCUGUUCAUACGGACUUGUGUCCACGAGGUGGCGGUAGUGCAUCUUUACACGGUUGAACAGAAGAAAAAGAAAACUGGAAGAUGCUAGCAGAGUUAGCUUGUUGUUGUUCUGGUGCGUGAGGUGAAUAUUUGAGGCUCUGCAGUAAAAAUGUCUUCACUUCAGUCUCUGGGAGAGUUGAUCAGCUAAAGCGACUAACUGCUGCUGCAGAAAUAUUCUCACCAGGCUGUGGAAACUUUCUCCUCCUCAACAACUUGGUGCGAGUUCUUUCCAGAACCAGAGAAGAUAUUCUGCGGUCUUCGUGACAAUCGGAGCUCCAAAAGCAGGUGAUGGGUCAGAAAAGCUUUUCUCUAGACUUCCUGUCCUCUGGGUCUGCUGCUGUUCCUUUGGCCUCUCUGAGAAACGCGCUCGUUUAGCUGCUUUCAUCAGAUUGAAGAGGUUCCCUCUAUCAGACUCGCUCAUCUGAGUUGGUCAUGAUGCAGCAUCGCUGCUCGCUCUCUGAUCCAUCCUGCUCACACUCUCCGACGGAAAAGCCCCGAAUCUGAAUGUGACUCUGGAGGAAAAAGCGGUUAGCUCUACUCCGUGAACUCUGGUGACCAAAGCUGUUAGCUAAACACGGCUAAAGAAAACCUGCUACCACUUCAGGAUCAUCCAUCAGCUGGGACUGAUUCAUCGUGUUUACUUCACCAUCUGGAUCUGGACAGCAUGGAUACAGAUUUUCACCAGAUGGUUAAAGAAGAAGCUCUUGAAGAUCAGAGUGCUGGUGUGGACCAGCAGGAUCCAGAACAGUUCCACAUGAAAGAAGAACAGGAGGACAUCUGGACAAGUCUGGAAGGAGAGCAGCUCCAUUUGAAGGAAGAAGCUAAUUCUGCCAGGUUUCCAUUCACAUCAGUUUCUAUAAAAAGUGAGGAUGAUGAAGACAAACCUCUGCUCUCACAGCUUCUCUAUCAGCAGCAAAUAGAAGACAGAGACGUUCCAACCAGCAGCUCAGCUGACCAGACAACAGCAGAAACUGGUAGAGGAGCAGAAUCUAGCAGCAACCCAUUUCUUAACCCUAAUGACCAGAUAUCUGAUUCUUCAGAGACUGAAGUUAGUGAAGAUGAUAUGAAUCUAAACAUUGAGUUAUUAGACUCUGGGCCUGAAACUGGAGAUGGAGACAAUGACUGCAAUGAGAGCAGGUUUUGUGAGUCAGAUGUUAAGAGUGUCGACGAAUUCUUUAGCUGCCCUGGGUGUGGUAAAAAGUUUCUCCACAAGUGGUCUCUCCAGAGACAUGCGAGAGUGACGAGUCAUUCAGCAAUAAAAUCUUCAGAAUGUCUGGUUACUAAGAAAAACAUUAGAAUAAAGCAACAUGUGGACCCAUGCAGGAAAGUCCAGAAAGAACCAAAAUCAAUCAGUUGUGACAUUUGUGGAAUAAUAUUUAUUCAUAAUAAAGGUUUAAACAGACACAUAAGAGCCCACACAGGAGAGAACCCAUUUGCUUGUGAACUCUGUGGAAAAAGUUUUACUCGAAGGACAAAUUUAAACAGACACAUGAGAGGCCACACAGCACAGAAACCUUUUACGUGUGAACUCUGUGGAAAAAGCUUUAAUCAAAAGACACAUUUAAACAGACACAUGAGAGUCCACACAGGACAGAAACCCUUUGCAUGUGAGGUCUGUAAACAAAGAUUUAGGCAUAAAUACACAUUAAACAGUCACAUGAGAAUCCAUACAGGAAGUAAACCCUUUGCAUGUGAGCUCUGUGGAAAAAGCUUUAAUCAAAAGACACAUUUAAACAGACACAUGAGAGUCCACACAGGACAGAAACCCUUUGCAUGUGAGCUCUGUGAACAAAGAUUUAGGCAUAAAUACACAUUAAACAGACACAUGACAAUCCAUACAGGAGAUAAACCCUUUGCAUGUGAACUCUGUAAACAAAGAUUUAGGCAUAAAUCAACAUUAAACAGACACAUGAGAGUCCAUACAGGAAACAAACCCUUUGCAUGUGAGCCAUGUGGACAAAUAUUUAGAUUUAAGAAAAGUUUACACAGUCACAUGAGAGUCCACAAAGGAGAGAAACCCUUUGCGUGUGAACUCUGUGAAAAAAGCUUUAAUCAAAGGACAAAUUUAAACACUCACAUGAGAGUCCACACAGGAGAGAAACCCUUUGCCUGUGAGGUAUGUGAACAAAGAUUUAGACAUAAAUCAACAUUAAACAGACAUAUGAGAGUUCACACAAGAGAGAAACCAUUUUUCUGUGAGCCAUGUGGACAAAGAUUUAGAUAUAAGAAAAAUUUAAACAGUCACAGGAGAGUCUACAAAGGACACAACACAUGUAUUUAAAGUGCAAUUCACCCCAAAUAAACUUUUUUUUUUACUGAGAAAUGGAAUAAACGAGUGACUAAAAACGCUGUAGUCAAGUGAGGUCAUUAUAUUUGCAUUUUCGUGCAUCUUUUUUAAAAUUGAAAGAUUCAGCUUGAAACUUCCGGUGUAGGGCCCUCUUUAGGUUAAAGCUCUGCACCAUAGACACGAAUACAUAGAUGCCCCAUUGGGUGCUGGAGAGCGUAACAGCGUCUCCGCCAUAUUGGAUGGGUCUCCUCACUCUCCAAACUCAAUGCAGAGUGAGCAACUAUUCCCGUUUCUGUUCAGCCUCCGGUUACAACAACUGGCAUACUGUUGAAAAUAGAUCACAUGGGAUUAUAACUGAUAACCAGUGAAAGUCCAAAAUUAAGUAACUCAGAAAAUUAGAAUAACAAUUAAAGCUGCAAGCAGCGUUGUUCGGCCUUCGCAGCUCCGCGCUGCUCCGGCCUGGCCGGCAGCCCGGGGCACCCGGGCACGUCCGCGGAACAUAAACGUUGACCAUGGACCCCAGACACCGCGAAAGGCCACCUCGUCCGCACCUCACCCUGAAUCAGCAUAUCAUCUGAGCCCACCAUUAAAUUACACAUCUCACCACUAGGAGAUACUCUAUCUUUACCACACUGGCGGUGUGAUCACACAAACCAAGUUUAAUGCUAUUCUGACCACAUUUUUUGAAGUUAUAGAAGGUUAAAGUUAUCUAGGGGGCGCUGUGACCAACUACAGAAAAAUCCCCUUGAGGUCAGCUUUGGUUGAAAGAUAUGGUUUUCUGUUAUUUUGGCAUCAAUCAGACGUUGUGUGUGUUAUCUAGAGCCAGAGAGCCGAAAGGGGGUGGAGCUAAAGGGGUUUGAACCAACAACCACAUCAUUGUGUUUGGUGCAGUCACGUGAUGACUAGGGAUGGGUACCUUUGACAUUUGAAUCGAUCCGGUACUAAUUCCCGGUACCUACGAAUUCGAUACCGGUACUUAACGGUACCAAUUUUCGAUACUUUUGACUGUUUAUUAUUUUAAUUCUCUUUUAUAAUUAAAUAUAUAUUUUUCUCAAUAUAUAACAAUUUUUGAUAAAUAUCACGAUAAAUAACAUACAACUGUUUGUAUUUUAACAUCGUCCUUGUAGUUUUAUAAGCUGAUAAUUAAACUGAAGCAAACAUCUUUGCUGUGAACUAAAUUUACUGUGUAUCUUCAUUCCUUUUGCCAUCUUUUUUCAUUUGCUUUUUCCUACUGGGAAGUUAGAAUUUCCGAGGAGAAAGCGAACGCACCAUUAGCUGAUAACAAUGGUAGCAAUGGAAGCUAAGAUAUCAAGCUAACGUUAUCUUAGUUUAUUUAGCUAUUGGAGCAGAUUAAAACGAUGAUGCCUCACACUUAGUUCGUUAUCACUGGUUUAGUCUUCACCCAUCACAUUUAGUAAAGUGAAGCCAAACUUUAGAGCGCGUUCAAGUUCUUCUAGUCGGGAAAUCGGAGUUCCGAGGAGAAAGCAAACGCACCAUUAGCGAAACAGAAGCUAACAUAUCAAGCUAAUUAUAUUUACCUACCGGAGCAGAUUAAGAUGAGGAUGUCUCACUUAGAUCGUUGUCGCUGGUUUCAUCAUCACCCAGUUACCCAUCACAUUUAGUGAAGUGGACCCAAGCUUUAGCCUGCGUUCUUUUUACCCGUGCUGCUCUGUUUACAACUGGUUCACAGCGAGCGACAACAAAACGCUCUUACGCAUGCGCAGCUGUCUUGGCAAGUUCUCGUUAUGAUGGACGGGUACCGAAACGAGGCACCGUUUGAAAUGACGUGAAUCGGUGCUCGGUCGGUACUAUGGAAUUCGGUCGGUACCUUAAAAAGUACCGAAUUCGGUACCCAUCCCUAGUGAUGACACAAGCCAAGUAUAAUGCCAUUCUGACCUUGUCUUUAGAAGCUAAUAAAGUUUGAACAUAUCUAGGGGGCGCUGUGACCAUUUACAACUAAAUCCCAUAAAGGUCAUCUUUUGUCAUCAAAGAUGGUUUUCUGUUAAUUUGGCAUCAAUCAAACAUUGCAUGGGCCAUCUAGAGCCAAAAGGCUGUAAGUGGGCGGAGUUAAAGUGAUUUGAACGAGUGAGCACAUGCAGUUGCGUGAUUACUCCCACCAUGUUUGAUGUAGUUUGGAGCUUUCUUGUAGAAGUUACAAAGGUUUUAUUUUAUCUAGGGGGCGCUGUCCCAAAUUUUGGAAAAUAUCCCAUGGAGCAGGUUGUAGGUUGACAAUGAUCAUUUGCGUGUAGUUUGGUGUGAAUUGCAUUAUGCAUGUGUUAUUCAGGGCCUAAUAUCUGUCAGGGGGCAGAGCUAAAGCGAUAUCAACCAAUUACCACAGGAUUGUGUUGGGUGCCUUUGUGUUAUGACACGUAGCAAGUUUGGUGCAGUAGCGACCUUGUCUGUAGGAGUUAUUACAGUUGUAAAGGUAUGUAGGGGGCGCUGUGGUGAUAUUAGACAAUGUUCACCAACCGUUUGUGCCUCAUUGGCUAAAGGGCAGGAUUGUUUAUUGCCAUGUUCGGUCUCGUGCAGAUCAGAGGCUAAUUGUGGAAGUUACAGUCAAACGUAAGGUCACAGCGUCACACCAGAAUUCGCCAUGGAAUCAACGCCCCUCCCUUUCUGGAAAGCUAUCAGAACUGAAUGGUCAUUACAGCAUAAUGAAGACAGUGCACAACCUUAGUGUCAUGUUGACUAAAUUAGAGGGGACAAAUAUGUUUAUGUAUUUAGCAGAGGCUUUUGUCCAAAGCGACUUACAAGUUAUAUGGGCAAAUAUGGGCAUUUCACAUAAAACCCAGACACAUGAGAGUCCAUAGAGUCCAUGAUAUAGAUCUGAACAUGUGCAUGGGAGUUAUUACGUCAAAGAUUGUAAUGGCGAAAGGCCAAUGUUUGAGGCUUAGCCAUGCCCACGCCGUUAAACUUUUGAAAAAUCCGACAGUUGAAUUUUUUCCUCUAUGUGUGCGAGAACCACUAAAUCGAGUACUUGGACCAAAAUGGCCGACUUCCUGUGCGAUAUUGAGCUUAGCUCCAACAAACUUUUGUGUAGGACCUGAGACACUACAUUAGUGUACCAAUUUUCGUAAUCGUCGAAGAAAGCAUCGCGUGGAGCUGACAGUUUUAAUGGUUCUAGGGGGCGCAAUUUCAGAAAAUAGGCCUUGCCCACCAAUUUCUCCCAUCCAGUUCUAUUGGGGGUCAGACUAGGAUCACUCACCAGAAAUUUCAUGGCGAUGUCACGGUAACUGAGGAAAUGAGAGGCAAUCAUAUUUCCAUGGCGUGAUGGCGAACUUCGCCAUGCCCCCAAAACCCCGCCUUUUUUUUAAACCUGCCAGCACUGGACACCAAGUGACCGCAACUUGUCUACUGCUAUUUGCCAGAGAUUGCUGGUGAUUAGGUGAAAGGAGUCCAAUAGGGAGCUGUGAAAAUAAAGAGUGGCAUGGCAAAAGGUCAAAGUUUGAGGCUUAGCCACGCCCACACCUUUCAACUCAUUUAAAAUCCGAUGAUUGAAUUUUCCCCCUAUGUCUUAAGAGUAUAUAGCAGAAGUUUGAAGGUGAUUGGUGAAAAGGGCGACGGGGCAUCAUUCUCCAAACAACGUGUGCGAAAACCACUAAAUCGAGUACUUCGACCAAAAUGGCCAUGCUCCUUGGCUUCAAUAGAGUUUUUUGUAAGUCCUGAGACACUACAUUAGUGUACCAAAUUUCGUAAUCCUCAGUCAAAGCAUGGCUUGGGGCUGACAGUUUUAAUGUUCCUAAGGGGCGCUAUUCCAGAACAUAGGCCACGCCCACCAGAUUUUCACAUCAGAUUUUUUGGGGGGCUGGACUAUGAUCACCCACCAGAAGUUUCGUGGCGACAUCUUUAGAAAUGACGAAAUGGGAGGUACGCCUGACCAUGGUUGCAAGAGGCUUUUCUGUGCUGACUGUUGAGUACUACAAGUGUACAAAAUUUCAUAACUGUGCGAUAAACAAGGUUUAUUGAGGGGGGUAUUUUUCACAUUGUAGGGGGUGCUGCUCAGCCAUUUUCUUUGUGAUUUUUUUUGGCACCUUUAAAAUAUCAAAAUUUUCACCAGGCCUGACAAGUUUGCCAAAUAUUGGUAUGAUGAGGUCCCCAAAAAGCCAUUCAAAGGGGGCACGGAAUAAUAAAUAAUAAACGGAGGAAAAACAAGAGGCCUUCGUAGCGCUUUUGCUCUCGGGCCUAAUUCAGACCAAUUCAAAAAAAGGAUAAUUAGAAAUGUUGGCCUCCUUGAACCGUCACCUUAUCGUGGUGGAGGAGUUUGAGUGUCCUAAUGAUCCUAGGAGCUAUGUUGUCUGGGGCACUUUGUGCCCCUGGUAGGGUCUCCCAUGACAAAUUGGCCUUAGGUGAAGGGUGAGACAAAGAACGGUUCAAAGGAUCUUUCAUGGAUGUAAAUUCAAGAGUUGGAGUACCCGGCCCGGAGGGUUACUGGGGUCCCACCCUGGAGCCAGGCCUGGGGUUGGGGCCUCUCUCUCUCUCUCUCGCUCUCUCUCUCUCGCUCUCACUCUGCUCUGCUCUGCUCUGUGUGCACAGCCAACAGACCCGUGGGGAGAAAAAACAAACUACACCUUUAACAAAAUCUCCAACCUUAAUAUUGUCAGCAUUAAAUGCAGCUAAGCAUAAUUUACCUGCAGUUAUUCAACAGUGAAGCAAAACUUAACUUUCAUGAGCAAAAAAAUCUAUAAAAAUUAUUCAAUAAAUCAGGAAUGCAGGAAGAAAUGAUUUCUUUUUUCUUUACUUUUUUACAUUUUUCACUCCAGUUCAAACUAUUUAAUUUGUGUUUUCAUCACAUUUAGCUUGUAUUUUAUUUUAAAAAAACUUCAGCUUCAUUCAUUUUAUGAGACAAUUAGUUUUGCAUUGUUUGGAAAAAAUAAUCAUAACAAAACAAUUACUUGAAAAAUGUUGUAAUAAAUGCCUUUUAAAUAACAUAAAAUGCUAUUUAAAAGGCAUUUGAUAAUUUCUGUAAGUAUUUGUUCAUUUAUGAAAAAAAACUAUGAAAAACUGACAUGGCUGCUUAGGUUCUGGGCAGGGCUCAGGGUCAGCGACUGAACAGGAACAGGUUAGCUUUUCCUGUGCGCUCAAAAAGUUCUGUUACUGAUCCGUUCUAAAAAACCAAAGGUGAAAUAAUUCACAUGAAGUAGAUUAGUUAUUCAUUGUCUGAAAGUAUCUGAAAAGGUAAUAAAUAAAAAGCUUUGUUUGAUUUUCAGGAUGUCACUAUUUUCCUUGUAAUUAUUUUAUAAUAUUGUAUAGAAAAAUCUACUUGUGAAUACAAUGCAUGUUAAUAUAGUGAGUAUAGCAUUUUUAACAGAAGCAUAUUCACACAUGGAAAAUAUUAAUGUGAAUGAAUCGUAUGGCAGUAGCUGUUCGGUUCUUAUAUUGUGUAAAAGUAGCUCACGGGCCAUAAAAGGUUAGAGACCACUGGUGUAAUCCAUCAUUCAGGUGUUCUGAGUGGGUUCUGUUGUCCUUUUAGGUAAAGCAACUGUUACAGCUUGUUGGAGAUAUCUUACAAUGUUUGUUUCACUUAUUUUUAUUUGACUUUUAUAUUAUUCUUUAGUUUAGUUUCAUGAAACGUCAUCGUUUCACUUAGAUUAACGUUGACUUUGCUACUAAGUGUCGGUUCUAGAUCUUAGCAAUGAUCUUUAUGCUUCCUGCUUUGUUUCUUCUUAUUGUCGUCAGAAUUAAAAGCUUGAAUCCAGGACUGUUUUCUCAUAGUGUGAUAAGUCUCUAAUAAAAUCCUACAACACUA